ACAGGAAUGGUGGGAUUUCAAAAGGAGGGCUUCUUAAAGAGCAGCACAUCUCAGGGGAGGGAUCAGCUGCCAGUCCAAGUGGCAGAUGUCACUGGGGAGCAAGAUGGGGAGGUUCCUGGAUCCUCGGGGCAAGCCGGCCAUCACCGAGGGAGCUCGCUGUCCACGCCGGCCGAAGAACAGGAAUCCUCGGUGCCUGCCUCUGACGAAGACUCGCCGGCCAGGACCACAGAGAGCUGGCAGUGGCCGCUGUCCUCGUCUGAAACGCACAGCAACGUUGGGGAGGAUUUUGAGGGAUUUCAAACGCCGGCGCGGACUCCGGAGUGCACCAUGGACAUACAGUCUCCCGGGGAUCAGUCACUCAGUAGGACUCCUCAGUUUGAAAGUGACUCUCCUGAGGAGGAGGGAAAUGAUGAGAUGAAUGAAGAGCGCUGCGGUGUUGAGCCUGUCCCUAGGGAUCGGGGUUGGAGAGGGCAGCCCCAGCUAACAGAGGGAGAGAAGCUGUUGAUGGAAACCAACAGUAGGAUUGUGCAGCUGCUGGAAAAUAUCAAGAGGGAGCAUGCACAGUCCAUGGGUCUCAUGUCCCAGUCCAUGGGCCGUAUGGAGCUGCAGCUGGGCAUUGUGGCUACCUCCACAAGAGCCAUCCAUAACUACCUGUCAGAGAUUUUAGCUUUCCUCAAGCAGCCGAGGACGCAGGUCCUCGAAACGCGCAUCUCCCAAAGAGCCACCCCCCAUGUCGAGUUGACGUGUGCCUCGACAUGGACUGGUGAGGACGCAGUGGCAUCCUCCACUGUGUGCUUACCAGGGGCCGAAGGGACGAGCGACUCUCGCGACCCGCCGCAGGCCACCCUGCCUUGUCGCAGUGGCCGGCUGCAGAGAGCCAUAACCGAGAGGGCCUCGCUGCCCAUGCCUCCACGCCAGGCAAAAGGGGGAGGGAAGAAAAAAUAACCACUCCAUAGGAUUUUUAGAGUUUUUUUUAAUGUGCCUGUCCUUUUAAUUCUUAGCCAUAAGGCCAUCGGUGGCAGAGUUCAACCAUUUCCUACAUUGGCUAACAUUGUAUUCUGGCUGACUAGAUUAGUCUAACAUUUUGUAGUUUAUAUUUGCACUGUUAACGAUGUGUGCUGCUGGUAUUUGAAGAACAUUUGCCUCUGUUCUUUCACUUUAACUUCAUACGAGCAUUUUUUUACUCUGUGCCAGGCAUUCAUUGCUUUUCUUACAAAUACAAGUCAUUUCUUGA